GGAGAGUGAAUACACUAUACUUCGUCCCGAUCCCUGAGUCAGCUUCAAGUCCCACUCUUUGCACCUGCCAAUACCACACUCUAUUGUCGUUCUAGCAACAUGGGUAAUGAUGGUGGAAGUAUUCCAGACCGACGGGAUCUUGUCAGAAACAAGCCCAAGGCAGAGCAGGCAGAUAAAGCAAACCAAACGAGAGCUAGGUGGUUUUUCUGUGCUUUAUCUAAGCGCCCCCUACAAGAGCCGAUUGUCUCAUGUGCUCUUGGUAAGCUAUACAACAAGGACUCGAUAAUAGAAUACCUACUAGACAGGUCGGCAUAUGGCGAUGGCGAGGAAAUAUGCGGACACAUCCGAUCGCUGAAGGAUGUCAAGACACUGAAACUUACGCCUACGUCCACUCCAUCAAUGUCGUCCUCAGACGCUUCUUCCUCGCCUGCGCCUCAAUAUGUCUGCCCUCUUACAUUCAAAGAAAUGACAGGAGGACAGCCAUUCGUAUAUGUAUUACCCUGCGGAUGUGUAUUCUCGCAGGCAGGUCUCAAAACGGUUUCUGGUGCAUCACCAAACAAUGGCAAAGCUGAGAAAGAGAAAGUGGUUGUAGAAGAGGGGAAGAUUAGCAAAGGCAACGGGGAUGAAGAACUUGAAUUGUGUCCCCAAUGUGGUACCAAAUUCUCCAAGUCAUCCGACGUCCUCACAAUAAAUCCAUCAUCUGAUGAGGAAGAACGGAUGUGGCUGGCUAUGGAACUUCGACGUGCAUCCGAGCCCCCAAAGAUUAAAUCGAAGAAACGGAAGGCCGCCGAUUCUGCACCAGCUACCGAAGGCUCCUCUGCCGGCACCAAGAAGAAGAAAGGUUCACCAGACGUACCUUCUCCUUUGCCCGCUCUUAACUCAGCAGCACCUUCAAUUACCACGGUUUCACGUUCCUUGGCGAGUAGUCUAGCAGCUGAAGAGGCAAAGCGGAAGGCUGGCAUGAGUGAAGCUGUGAAGUCACUUUAUCAAAGCAAAAAGGAUGCACGAAAAGAGACAUUUAUGACUAUGGGAACCUUCACGCGGUAUGCGUAAUUAUCAUUUUAUUGGCUACUAUUGCUUUUGUAAAAUGGACAGGAGCCUUUAGAUGUAUUAUCUAAGACUAGUUGUGUAGGAGUUGUGAUGCUAAGUGUAUUCUGUCAAUUAUCAUACGUUGUGCACCUUGUAAUCUGUUCUGUUUCUCCGAUGUCUUCGCCAUGCAUAUAGUCUGUUCUUGGAUAAGAUUCGUCAA